AGAAGGGGCCCAUAGCUUCGUCAGGCUGCCAGGGGGUCCAGGCCACUGAAAUGAAAAGGUCAGGACCCCCGACUUGAAACAGUCCCACAGUCCUCUCGGAGCGGCCGAGAGAGGUGCAGCCGGACUUGUCCUUCCUGCCGGGAGGAGGGGCCGAGGCCCUCCUAGGCUGCAGCUGGACAGCAAUGGCGGUAGCGGUGCAGAUCCGGGAAGCCAAGGAAGCAGACUGUGGGGAAAUCAUGAAGAUGAUUCGGGAAUUAGCAGAAUUUGAGAAACUCUCAGAUCAAGUGAAGAUCAGCGAAGAAGUCCUGAAAACUGAUGGCUUUGGUGAAAAUCCUUUCUAUCACUGUCUGGUGGCUGAGAUUCCUCCAGAGCACAGGGAUCCCCUGGGUUCUACUCUUGCGGGCUAUGGACUCUACUAUUUCACCUACAGCACGUGGACAGGACGAAAUGUGUACCUGGAAGAUAUCUAUGUGAUGCCAAAAUAUCAGGGUCAGGGGAUUGGUUCCAAGAUUAUCAAGAAAGUGGCUGAGGCUGCCCUAGAGAGAGGCUGCUCCCAAUUACGUUUGGCUGUCCUCGACAACAACAGAAGUGCCAUCGAAUUCUACAAGGCCAGGGGGGCCAAAGACCUCACUGUAGCAGAAGGCUGGCAUUUCUUUCAUUUUGACAAUGAGGCAGUGAGAGAGAUGGUGAGGAAGUGAGAUGUGCUGGUUCCUUUAGAAUCCAGGGGUUUCCUUUAGAUCCCCUUUUCCCCUCAGCUCUUAUUAAUAAUACCCUCAGGUACAUUGGAGUCCUUCCUAUGGUCACCUACUUCAAGGGAGGGAAAAAUGGUUGGGAGUUUAAAAUGUGCUAAAGUAAUAAAAUAAAAUAUCACAAAAGGAA